AUGAAUAGCACCGCGAGGAUAGCUUACGUGGAACAGUUUCUACAUCAUGAGAUAUCGAAGCUUCACACGCGAGAAACAUGCUGGCAUCAAUCUGGUGUCGGCGGUCUCCUAGCGCUAUUGCGUGCGAACCUCUCAGAGUCGAAAUCGUGGAAUAGCAGUUAUGUCUCUGGUGGGCCGUAUACCUUUAACGCGACGGGGAAUUUAUUCACUGUUGAUCUUGCGACGAAGCAUUUUGAUGUCAAUACUGUGGAUCAAGAUACAUUCGUUACAUUGACUUAUGUUCACGCACUAUGCAUGAUAAUUGCUUUCUUCUUGGUGUAUCCCAUUAUUCUACUCAUGGAGUCGAGCACUGUGCUUUGUGACCUGAUCAAUAAACCGGUUGCAAAGCAUACUGUUCAGAAAUGGGAGUCUGUAUUACGAGCCUUUGUCUUUACACCUCUCGUCAUCGCUGGACUAGUGGCGGCAAUCAUCGCAAUGGGCACAUCAGAUCAUUUCAGAACUGAGCACGGGGUUGUUGGUCUUGUUACUGUAGUGUUUGCAGGCUUUGCAUCGUUACUUUACUUCUUCAGCUUCUUCUUCGACUCACGAAUGAGACGAACAGCCAUGGGAAUGCGAUGGCUUCAGAACAUCAAAUACUUUGACAUGUUUGUCUGCCAAGUCAUUCUCAUGAUCUCCGGCUUUGCCCUAACCGAUGGAUUUGAUGAUCUUUCCGUCAUGGGCCUAUGCUAUAUCCAGAUCUCCCUCGCGUGGGCAGUAUCUAUCGGUAUGAUCGCAGCGUUUGUAUGGAAUAGUGCCAUGGUGUUGAUGACAGCACAAUGGUUCCUCGUCCGUCGAGCAAGACCCGGAAGCGGUGGAAGCGUCGCCAACACCAACAACAGAAUGUGGAGGCUCGUGCGUUUCCGUCGUCGUCGUCAACCAUCUCCAGAGCCUACGCAGUCGUACGAAAUGGGUUCGUCAUCAGAGACUUCUGAAACCUCUGAAACUUGCGGUCGGGGCAGGAUUGGAGCUGAGGCUGUGCUGUGA